AUAUUGUUCUUGAUUACACAACCAGACAAAUAUAUACAAAACAAAAGCAUAACAUGACUUAGAAUGUACGAAAGGACACAUACUUUUUACAAUCAGUGAAAUGAUGAUAAUGGAUCAGUUCAAAAAAAAUAAAAUAAAAAGAAUGAUGACAAUGGGACAAGGGCAUCAGCUCAGUAUGGCAAGUUGGCAACUGUUUUUAACAGUUGCUUCUUCAUAAAUCAAGAAAGUGAAAUUUAUUUUAAAAUCUUAUUGGUAUUAAUGAUUAUUAGUAUUUUCCUUUCUCUCUUGCUAGACAUGUCUGCCUUUUGGCUUUUAUUUCAAGUCGCUGACACUCCAUUAAAUCCCCACAGUUGUCCACCAUUGAGAAGUCCUUAUCUCUCAGAGCAAGAAAACAAAAGAAAAACAACACCGAGAAACCAAGGAAAUCAAGAAAGCAAGAAAAUGUCCAUAUUAAUACUAUCCCUCUCCUCCUGAAUGUUUUCUUCUUUCCUUUUAUCAUGGCCAAUCCCGUCCAAGCUGAAACCACCGCAAGAAACACCGCCAAACGCCAAAGACUGACCCGUCUCCACCAGCAGCAGCCGGAUCUGAUACCAGGUCUACCUGACCAUGUAGCUCAACUAUGUCUUUCCCUUGUGCCUCCGUCUUUGCUUUACUCGGUUUGUCACUCAUGGAGACGCUUAAUCUAUUCACCUGCUUUCCCUCCUUUUCUCUCUCUUUAUGCAGUUUUAUCAUCAAUCAAUACAGAUCGAUACGGCGAUUGUAGCAAUUCGAUCAAAUUCUUCAACUUUGAUCCCAUCUCUUCCACAUGGGAUCUUCUCCCUCCGCCACCGCCGGACCCUCCUCUCCGUCCUAUCAUCCGCCAUCCAUCAUUCAUAUCCCGACACUUGCCUAUUCAAUCUGUUACUGUCUCAGGUCAUCUCAUCCUCUUAGCUGCGACAACCGAUAACUUCUAUCCAGCACUUUCUCGUCCUUUCAUCUUUAACCCCGUUUCGCGUAGAUGGUCUUUCGGGCCUCCGCUUACAACACCACGCCGUUGGUGUGCGGCUGGUGCUAUCAAUAACAGUACCGUAUAUGUAGCGAGUGGGAUCGGGUCGCAAUUCUCUGCUGACAUAGCAAAGUCGGUCGAGAAAUGGGAAUUUCUUCGCGACGAGAAAAGGACAAGAAGUAGUAACCAAAGUUGCUUGUGGAAAUGGGAAAAAGUGAAAGGCCUAAAAGAUGGAAGAUUUAGCAGAGAUGCUAUAGAUGCAAUAGGGUGGAGAGGGAAACUGUGUAUGGUGAAUGUAAAAGGGGACGCAGCAAAAGAAGGGUUGGUCUACGAUACGAAGAAGGAUCUAUGGGAGGAUAUGCCUAUAGGAAUGCUUGCUGGGUGGAAAGGACCAGUGGCAGCAAUGGAUGAGGAAGUGAUGUAUGUUGUCGAUGAAGUAAAGGGUGCAUUAAGAAAGUACGAUCCAAGUAAAGAUGUAUGGGAGAAUAUAAUAACGGAGUCGGAGAAUUUUAAAGGAGCACAGCAAAUUGCUGCUGCAGGCGGUAGAGUGUGUGUUGUUUGUGAAGGUGGAAAUGGGAUUGCGGUGGUGGAUGUAGUGGCGGCGCCUGUCAGACUAUGGACGAUGGACACGCCUCCGGGGUUUGAGGCUGUGGCUGUCCAUAUAUUGCCUAGGAUGAGCAAGCCGGAACUUGGAUUUCCGGUACCUCCUUAGGUAUAUACAUUUCUUGAAGUUUUGUUAAUGAAAAAUUUGAAAACUGUUUUAUUAAGUUUCUUUUUUGCAACACUUUUAGUAAUUAUUGGUUUUCUCUAACAAAUUGAAAAUAAAUUUAUUCAUUUCUUAAAAGUAAA